UGGUAUCAAAUAAUUACAUAAUAUAUAGUUGAAAUGAUUGGACUAAUUGGAUUGGUCGAGGUUGAACUAUUGAAUAACUUUAAAAUACAUUAUAUUUUAGCCACUAAGAUAUAAAAUAAUAGCAUAAUAUAUAUUAUGCUAGAGAAAAUAACUUGUUUUAGAAUGACAAACCCAUGAUGUUCAUUUGUUUUACUUAAUGGGCAAAUCUCGUGUAGGUCAGACCCAUUCAACUCUUUUAUUUUAUGGUUAGCGGUUAGCCUAUUAGAAUCCAUGCAUUCGUUUAUUGUUAAUUUUUUUUAGCAAUAAAAAGGAGUAUUAUUUUUCCCUUUUCAUAUAUAUUUUACCACCACGAAGAAAUAAAAGGACUUAAAUAAAAAAAUUGACACUCUUAGACCCGUUUAAAUCCGCUUGUGUACGGUAAGAUGACCCGUUCCACUGAGGUAAAAGAAAAAAGUUGGCACUUCCUAUUCUACCCUUCAUACAAACGCUCCUGGAGCAGAGAAUUUGAAAUGGGGGAAUAGUUUUUCCUCUAUGCUAUUAUAUGUUUUUAAUUUAAAAAAAUAUAACAAAUGUACUUAGUGUGAUUGAUUAUGAUGUUUGCUUUUCUUUAAAGUGGUUAUGGUUCAAAUUCUAGUAUGUAUCUUUUUAAUGAAUAAAAAAAAAUAAUUGUGAAUACCAAAAUGUCCUUCCUAUUUUCACUCUGAGUGCCGGAAAUUUGAAAUGGGCUUCAAGUUUUUUCAUUUGCCUUUUAUUUAUUGGGUAGAUUUUUGGUCUAUUUCCGUUUCUUUCAUCUAUUGAUUGAAAAUUAAAUUUGUGCUCCUUCCUCCUAAUGUUCAACUGAAAACACAUUUUCAAAGACAAAAGGGGUAGACUUGUCCCCCGAUUUCUCUGCUUCUCUUGCGCUGAACUCGGUCACAACUCACAGAGAUUACGAUUACGGUCUUUCUCAGGUACUAGUAAUUCACUUAUGCCUUCCAAUGUUUUUUGUUCCCAGUCCAAUUUCCCUCCGAUUUGAGUUUUUCUUCUUCUUUGGGUAUCUGCUACUGUCGACGAGAUCACUGAUUUCGUCUGCCCCGGCCUCCGCCCCUCUCGGGGAGAUUGGAUUUGAAGUGAUUUUUAGGCCUAUUUUGGAGUGUCAGUUGGAAAAACGUUGAAUUGGGAUUAACGGGGGAGUUGGAUUACAGCUCACCGAGGCUUGAUCUGCUUUCCUCCCGUUGACUGAUGUUAGGGUUUUUGUUUGAAUUUCGCCUUGUGAUUUAUAGCUGCUAGCUGAAUGAAGACUGUGGGAUGUAAAAAGUCUUUUGACUUGAGUAAAUUAUCAGCUUGUUUGUCUCCAAUUCGUUGGGAUCACCUUUUGCUUUCUCGGGGGUUUUCUCCGAGGAAGUUGAUUAUUUUCCAUCCUGACAUUUUACUUGGUCUCUGCAUGAUGUCCUUGUCAUAGCCAUGGAUGAAUUGGUUUUGCAUGUGCCGAGCUCGCACCUCAAUUUUGUAGUCAAAUUUGGUUUCUAUGAGUUUAACAGAAAGGCUUACUGGUGAAAGAUUUUUUCUUACUGUUACAGUAGAGAUGUCAUUUUGCGGACUAAGUUUCUGCUCAUCCACGGAUCUGCUUUUGGACUGAUAUGGCGUUCCUUGAAGUCUCACCUUGCUGGUUUGCUUAACCUUGAUGGAAAAGAAUCCGAGCAAGGUUGUGAUGGAUCAAGCGAAUUACGAGCAACCUUGGUAUAAUAAUGUUGAGACUAGAAAUGAGGGACCUAGUUCUACCAGCCAAAGGUUUUUGCAUGAUCCUUCGACCAACAUUAACACUAACUCGCGCCCUCCUGAUUACAACUUAUCAAUUAGAGCCAGACCUGUACUUAAUUACUCCAUUCAGACGGGUGAGGAGUUUUCCCUUGAAUUUAUGCGGGAAAGGGUGAAUCCCCAGCAGCACUUCCCUCCAAACCCAUAUGUAGAUCCUAGUAGUGGAUCUGGCUACAUGGAUUUAAAGGGUAUGCUUGGAAUGUCUAAUAAGGGGUCAGAAAGUGGGUCAGAUAUCGCAAUGGUCAACGGUGUGGAAAAAGGGCGUACACAGGACUUUGAAAGGAAGGUUAUUCCCAAACAGGAACAUGAUUCAGUACGAUCAGUGCCAAGAACCUCAUCAAGAAAUGACAGUAGGCGAGGAACUCAGAGUAAUACUUCAUCGGGGCCAUCAGAUUGUUCAUCUGUUAAGGUAAAGUUUCUCUGCAGCUUCGGUGGUACCAUUUUGCCACGCCCAAGUGAUGGAAAACUUAGAUAUGUUGGAGGUGAAACACGCAUAAUUCGGAUAAGCAAGGAUAUUUCUUGGAAAGAGCUAGUGCGGAAGACUUUGGCCAUUUGCAAUCAACCUCACACGAUAAAGUACCAGCUUCCAGGUGAAGAUCUUGAUGCGCUUGUUUCAGUAUCAUGUGAUGAGGAUCUUCAGAACAUGAUGGAGGAAUGUAGUUUACUAGAUGAUGGAGGUUCACAGAAGCCCAGGAUGUUUCUAUUUUCCAGCUAUGACUUGGAGGAUGGAACAUGUGGUCUGGGAAGUGUGGACUGUGAUUCUGAGAUACAAUAUGUUGUUGCUGUGAACGGUAUGGAUUUUGGUUCAAGGAAAAACUCCAUCAAUUUAGCAAGUGCAUCUGGAAACAACUUGGAUGAGUUACAUAGUCUCAACGUUGAAAGGGAGAAUAGUCGAGUUGCAGCUGUCACAUCCAUUCCUACCAUAUCACCUUCGGCAGUUACAAAGUCUCCCUCGGCUAUUCAAUCUUCUCAACCGGGGGCUUUGACUUCAUCCAUCCCUUUUGCACAACCUUAUCAGGGACAGAAUACCCAUCAUUUGGGUGCCAGCCAGUACCCAAUAACUUCAACUCGACCUGUGGCGAACCUGCAACAACUGGAAGGUUCUAACUCCUCUAACGCAAAGAAAUAUGCUAUCCUUAACCACCCUUCUUGCUAUGGAACAUCUGGAGAGACUUUGAUGCCUGUGCCUCUCCAUGGGCAUCCUACUAAGACAGGGGGUAUGGCUGAGGAAACUACACAGGGUGGCGCUCGUGUGCAAAAUGCAGAAGCAUCUAUCAAGGGUAACAAACUGAGAAGAGAUAGCUCUAGCCAGAAGAUACAUGAGUUAGAUGCAAUACAAAAUGCAGAUAAGGAGGCACCAAAGGAACUGAAGAUGAAACGUGAUGGCUCACUCCAUAAGAUAAAUGAAGCUGUGUCUAUACCGAAUAAUGUUCAUAAAGAGGAAGCUGCAGCUUCCAAUCCUGCAACAGAUGUAGCUUUGCCUGUCUUACCUACAAAAAGUAAUACAAGACCUCAGGAAGGUUUACAGAAUCCUAAGAAUUUAAGUGAAGGAAAGAAGAAUGCAGGGGAUGAUCAAUACUCGUCUGGUGGUUCCUUCGCCCCCCAGUCCGAGGCUGUUCUGACAGACUGUAGCUACCCUGAACAGCCUGUAGUUCCUCAACCUGUCUUUCACUCCGAGCGAUUUCCCAGAGAGCAGGCAGAAUUACAUCGCCUGUCAAAAUCUGAAGAUUCAUUUGAUCCACAGGUUCUAAUGAAUCAGGCACGUUCUAGUGUUUCUCAACUAGUCAAUGAUUCAGUUAAUAAGUUACAUGAUACUCCAGCAACGCUCAUGCCUGAACAGUCUCUCCCAUCUGCAAAAGGGCAUCAUGUAAAUCCUCAGACCAUUCAGGAUGGACUGGCUCAGUUUGAACAGUACAAGGAAUUGGCUGAUAAUAUGAGUAAACCCAGUUCUCAUGUUCCCUCAGUGAAGGAGUCAAAGUCGCAGAAGUCUGACUCUAGGCAUGUAUUCUUUAAUAGCACUGAAAAUUCAGAAACUUCUCAGUUGAAAGCCAAAAAGGAAGGUUCGGGAUUGAUGCAUCCAGAUGCAAGUGAGAUUCCGGGACCUUCCAGCAAGCACCUGGAGAGUUCUGCUAUGAGGUCAUCAGAAUUUGAUCAGUCUGAUAUAGCCGACAAUAAUAAUAUUGGCAGCAAUGCUAAGGGGCAGAUGCAACUUCCCAAACAACAGAUAGAGAACCCCGGUGGAGCUGUUUCUAAUGUGAAGUCUGCUGUCAUUGGUACUCCUGAGCAGAUUACUAUUGAUAUCAAUGAGCGUUUUUCUCGUGAUUUUUUAUCUGAUAUAUUUUCACAAGCCAAGAUCCAUGAGAAUAGCUCUACCAUUGGCCCAAUGCAUGUUGAUGGAGCUGGCUUGAGUUUGAACGUGGAGAAUCUUGAUCCAAAACGAUGGUCAUACUUUCGGAACUUGGCGCAGAAUCAAUUUUUGAGGAAGGAUGUAUCCCUUAUGGAUCAAGAUCAUCCUGCCUUUCCCCUCUCUAUGACAACUGCUGAAGGGAGCACUCCUCUUGAUUACAGCUAUCCUCCUUUUAAAACUGGUGGCAUUUCCUUGCCGGAAAUGGACCCACCCAUUAACUUUGAUGAAGACAUCCAAAAACAGAAAUCCGUUAUUGUUGGGACUCAAACACUGGACUGUAGCCAUUCUCAGCUCAAAGGCCAGGAGAGCUUACAGUUGGAUGGAAUCAACUCGAGGAUUCCAGAAUCUGAAUACGAGGAUGGAAAGUCGGAUGUAAAUAAUACUGCCGGACCACUUCUUGACAUUUCUCUUGGAGAUUUUGACAUCAGUACGCUACAGAUAAUAAAAAAUGAAGAUCUAGAAGAGUUGAGGGAAUUGGGUUCAGGAACUUUUGGGACAGUCUAUCAUGGAAAGUGGAGGGGUUCAGAUGUUGCCAUUAAGCGAAUAAAAAAGAGCUGUUUCACUGGGCGGCCAUCAGAGCAGGAAAGGCUGACAGUAGAGUUUUGGCGGGAAGCAGAUAUUCUGUCAAAACUUCAUCACCCCAAUGUCGUGGCAUUGUAUGGGGUGGUGCAGGAUGGACCAGGUGGAACACUGGCCACUGUGACAGAGUACAUGGUGAAUGGCUCUCUUAGACAUGUGCUGCUGAGCAAGGAGAGGCAUCUUGAUCGUCGUAAGAGGCUCAUUAUCGCAAUGGAUGCUGCAUUUGGAAUGGAAUACCUGCAUUCAAAGAACAUCGUGCACUUUGAUUUGAAAUGUGAUAAUUUGCUUGUCAACUUGAAAGAUCUGCUGCGACCCAUUUGCAAGGUAGGUGAUUUUGGUUUGUCAAAAAUCAAAAGGAACACAUUAGUUACUGGUGGUGUGAGGGGAACACUCCCGUGGAUGGCUCCAGAACUGCUGAACGGGAGCAGCAGUAAAGUUUCUGAAAAGGUUGAUGUAUUUUCCUUUGGUAUUGUGCUGUGGGAAAUUCUUACCGGUGAGGAACCUUAUGCCAAUAUGCAUUACGGAGCAAUUAUAGGUGGCAUUGUCAACAACACACUGAGGCCUCCCGUACCAGGCUUCUGUGAUCCGGACUGGAAAUUGCUAAUGGAGCAAUGCUGGGCACCAGAUCCUUUGGCACGCCCAGCGUUCACUGAAAUUGCCGGACGAUUGCGUGUCAUGUCUGCCGCAGCAUCUCAAACCAGACAACAGAAUCAUCAGCCUCAGAACCAGGCACAGAAGUAGGGUGCUGCACCUGCCUUCCCCUUGGUGGGUCCAUUGUCAUCGAUUCGAUGGUAAAAGAAAGAGUUGGUUUUCACUUGUUUCAUCCUCUUGUGUGCGGCACCGUCGCCCGUCAAUUGUAAGGGUUGAACUAUAGGAUGUGUGCUUAAAAGUAUUAAAAGGAAGAAGAAAAAAAGGACAGAGUGAGAGAUAAGAGAUUAGUAUUUGUGUGCAGAGAACUACUAUUUUUGGUGUCAAUAGCCAAUAGGUAUUACUGAACUUCUUAAACAGUGGGAAUUGGUCUGUACAGCUGAGAGAAUUCUGGGUCCUCGUUGUUCAUAAAGGGGAGUCUUUUAAAUGUAACUUUUUGUUGUUGUGAUUAUGUGUUCAUAAACACGAGUACCGUCCUUCUAACAGCCUAUUGUUUUUCAGUUUUGGGUUGAGUUCAUACAGGUGAUGUAGUUAAUGAUCAUACUCUUUCUUUGCUAUAGACAUGUACCUGGGCAUUGAUUAUUGACAAAAUUAAUCAAGUCGACACAAGAGAUAACUGGUUGGGUGUUGUUCUGGAAGAGAUAGGUUAUUAUUUAUGCACCCAGUCUAGUUUUAGUGUGCGUUUUGUAGGUAGGGAGAACAAUAGGGUAGCUCAUUCGGUAGCUAGAAAAACCCUCUUUUUGUAUCCGAUUAUGAGUCGCUUUUUUGAUUUCCGGGCCUGACUGGUUUCCACGAUGUAACUAUCUAUUUUUUUGAAUCAAUAUUUGAUAUCUUU